UCUCUUACGUCGGUGUAGGGGGCUGUGUGUGGUGCGAUGCUCCCUCUUAAAUGCAGCCUGUCCGAGCAGUGAAGGCAAAGAAUGGGACGCAACAAAAGCUUGCAGGACGUUUGUCAAUAGCGCACACAGUCUGCAGCUGAGAAAGUCGGGUGCAAACAGCAGGCAACUCCAACUGCUCUGGAAUAAAGUAGCUCCCGCUGGGUGUUGAUCUGCGUGCUCGCUCGGAUGCGAGAGAACAGCGAGGAGUGUACUUUGCGAUGAGCUCCGCGUCGUUUCAGCCCGGUUUGAGCGGCGUGGCGGGGGAAGCGCCCUCGGAUUCGGUCGAAGCCUCCGACUGACCGAGCCGGUGGGCGAUGGAGUGCCCAGCGCUCCGCGGUAACGCCAGCUCGCUGUGCAACGGGAGCCAGCAGGUCCCCGUGGGGGAGCGCGUCUUCUCACUGCCCUACUCGCCCCGGAGCACCGCUGGCAUCGCCACUGUCAUCAGCUUCAUCAUCGUCUUCACGGUCAUCGGGAAUGUGUUGGUCGUCAUUGCCGUCCUGACCAGCAGGUCGCUGCAAGCUCCCCAGAACCUCUUCCUCGUCUCCCUCGCCGCCGCUGAUAUCCUGGUGGCCACCUUGGUGAUGCCCUUCUCUUUGGCCAAUGAACUGAUGGGCUAUUGGUACUUUAAGAGGGUUUGGUGCGAAAUCUACCUGGCCUUGGACGUUCUGUUUUGCACUUCCUCCAUCGUGCACCUCUGUGCGAUCAGCCUGGACAGGUACUGGUCAGUGACCCAAGCCAUUCAGUACAACUCCAAGAGGACACCGAGGAGAAUCCGCUGUGUGAUCCUGACUGUCUGGCUCAUUGCUGCGGUCAUUUCCUUCCCCCCUCUCCUCUCCAUGAACAAGAACCUCGGCCAAGAAGAGAUCCCCGUGUGCCGACUCAACGAGGAGAAAUGGUACAUCUUAUCUUCCUGCAUAGGCUCCUUCUUCGCCCCGUGUGUCAUCAUGAUCCUGGUUUACGUGAGGAUCUACCAGGUGGCCAAACAGCGGACAAGGCAGUCACCGGGCAGUAGGAAGGCGGAGGUGGUCAACGCCACCAGCUCCAAGAAGGCCACCGAGCAAACCACAGCGCCCGCUCCUAACGGGCAGGAGAAGGGCGCUGAGCUCAAGGGCAAGGACAAGGAAGACUCUUCGUCCUCUGAGCCUGAAGAGUGUUCAAACACGAAGCCCCAGAGAAGGACUGAGCCUCAGGAACCCCGGGCUGGGGAUGACUGGAAUUCUCAAAGUCAGGAGCACUUCGUAAAGCGGCAGAAUCCCCUAACGCCCAACGCUCUCAGGAAAAAAGCAACCCAGAACCGGGAGAAACGUUUCACCUUUGUUUUAUCUGUGGUCAUUGGCGUCUUCGUUCUCUGCUGGUUCCCUUUCUUCUUCUCCUACAGCCUGACGGCCAUCUGCCCGGCGACCUGCUCAAUCCCGCCCAUCAUCUUCAAAUUCUUCUUCUGGAUUGGGUAUUGCAAUAGUUCCCUGAACCCAGUGAUCUACACCAUCUUCAACCAGGACUUCAGGCGGGCGUUCAGAAAGAUCCUUUGCCGAGAACAGAGAAGGUCUCUCUACAGAGUCUAGACAGCAGGGGCCGACGCGGGCUGGGUGGGAAGCGUUGCACGGUAAACCAGGGCGCAAGCACAAAGAAACCGAAUAAAAGUUUUCCAAAUAAAUGACUAGCAUGUGACUGUAC